AUGAUUACGAAAUUAGAUAACGGUUAAUUAUAAGUGUCUCUUAAAGUUGAUAAGGCUAAUUAUAGAGCAGGAGAUGUUAUUAAAGGUGUUAUCUAUUUAAAAGCCAAAACUCCAGAUCUUGAGUGUAGCAUGUUAUUUCUAAAAUUAAUUGGAGUCCAGAAGGUCAAUCAAUUUGAUAAAUAGAAUUAGUUUUUUAGAUUCAAGGACAUUUUUUAUACCAAACAUAAAUGGCUUUGCAAUUUCGGCUCUCACCUUACACAAGGAAUUUAAAAAAGACAUUUUGAAAUAGAAACUCCCUAAGAAAUCCCAAGUUUUUGUAUAAACUAUUACAAAACUGUGCAAUGUAGGAUGUAGUACAUUUUAUCAGUCUAUUUUACUGAUGAAACUUCAUAAACUCUUUACAAAAUAGAUCAAUCGCACAAAAUAACGAUUCAUAUUCAUCAUCUACCUUCACCUUCACUGAUGUAAUCAAUAUGCUAUGUGGGAGAACAAAAAGAACUAAAGAAAUUGUGCUUUCUCAAUGGCGGAAGUGCUUAAAUAUCUCUACAAAUUAAUAAAUAAGGAUUUGCAAUAGGCGACGUUAUUGAGGCAAAUCUCGAGGUCGACAAUACUAAAACUGAUUUAAAUUUAUUAAAUUUAACCUUUUCUGUCUAAUCCUAAUUGAUAAUCCUUUAUCCUGUCUUAAAAUUGAGAAUAUCCAAUUAUUUUGGUCUAUCAAAAUAAGCGCAUAAUAUUGUUGUAAAAGGAGGGUAAAAAAGAUAAUUAGAAUAUAAGUUGAAAUUAGAAUAGGAUUCAAAUGAUCCAAAAUCAAUAUUUCCUCAAUCCACACUCUUUAGUGAUAGAAUCAUCUAUCAUUAUAACUUCUGUCUGAUAGCUAAUUAUUCAUAGAAUUUCUACAGUUGCAAUCAAUUAACCUUUGCAAUUCCUAUCCACAUUUUUUAAUAGGAAUCAAGACAGUAAUAAUACCUGAUUGAUAUGAAUGGCACUUUGAGUAAACAGAAGGCAAUGUUCUCUGAUCAUAAAAUUACUGGUUAUGGACCUUUGGAUGGUGCUCCUUAAUACUCUUAGAGUUAAAAUGCUGAGGAUAGUUUUGAGGAGGAUGUAUAAAUAGAAGAAAACACUUCUCCUUCAAAUAACUUCAAUAGACAAGACCAAUUAGUGGAUUAUGAAGAAUUGGAGAAUGAAUUUGAAACAGUUUGUGCUACUUAAUUACAAUAAUCCAAUAAAAACAAUCAACAAGAGCAUUUAGAAAUCCAAGGGUUCAUUACCAAAAAGGUCAUUGCUUAUAAUGAUAAUCUAGACAUCAUACAAGAAGAAAAUGAUGAUAGAUAUCAUCAUUCAAUUUAAAGAUCUAAUGAAAAAGCAAGUAAUCAUAGUGAAUCAAAAAUAGAUUAAUAAAUUAAUAAUGAUACUAUAUUUAAAUGA